AUGGCUAAGAAAUCGACCGGAAAAUAUCAGCUCUCCACCGGUAGGUAUCCCGUCGCUUUUUACUUCAACGACGUCUCACCAGAAUAUGGCUGCAAAUGGAACGGUGGUGGAGCCUCCGCCUUCUUGACUGAUCCAGCUAGAACGACAGAUAUGUCUAUAACAGUAAGGAUGAACUCAGAAGACCACACCAUCUUUCUUCAAGUGCAGAUUUCAGAUGGCAGUGGUUACAUGAGAAACAUUCACUUUCCGUUCAGUAUUGUGAAGGACACACCUCUUGAAGUAGCAUUGGAGAUGGUGAAAGAGCUUGAGAUCACUGAUUGGGAUUCUUUGGAGAUCGCUGCAAUGAUAGAAAAUGAGAUAUCUUUGCUCGUCCCAAACUGGAGCGCCCAUGAAGACCCUUCACUUCUGCACCAAAGCUUUGGUCAUGAAGAUGAUGAUGACAAUGGCGAAGGAGGACGGCGAAGAACACGCCCUUUCUACUCUGAUGUUUGCUCUCCAGACCCUACUGUAUCAGUUAAACACAACAACAACAACUCCCAUGAGGACCCUUCUCUCAUGCACCAAAGCUUUGGUCAUGAAGAUGAGGGAGGAGGACGAAGUACACGCCCUUUCUACUCUGCUGCUUCCUCUCUUGUAGCAGUUAAAGAGAACAAAAAUGCCCAUGAGGACCCUUCUCUCUUGCACCACAGCUUUGGUUAUGAAGUUGAUGAUGACAAUGGUGAGAGAGAAGGACAAAAAACACUGCCUUUCUACUCUGCUUCUUGCUCUCCCGACCCUACUGUAGUAAUUAAAGACAACAACAACCCCCAUGAGGACCCUUCUUUCCAGCACCAAACCUUUGGUCAUGAAGAUGAUGACUAUAAUGUCCAGGUAGGAAGAGGAGGAAAAACAAGUUUUUUCUACUCUGCUGCUUGCUCUCCAGACCCUACUGUGGCAGUUACAGACAACGAGGGUUCAAGUAACGAUGGUGGCAGUGGUAGAGGCUCCUCUAACACUUUGUUAAGUUCUUCAACAUACCAACAACACUCUCCUCCCGUUGAGGAUGAUGAUCAAAAUCCGCAACGGAGGAGAAGGUUAAAGUUACAUAAACUGAGAUCGCUUGUGGACAAGAGAACACAGGUGCUGCACCGUUCGCUCAUGGAGUUGAUCAACAGGCACGCCAGGCGCGGGCGUGGCUCUAACAUGAACUUGAACGAGUUACAACAUCAACCUGUUGCUGACUUCUUGUGA